GUUCAACCGCAGCCUCACCAAGAGAAACACCAUGAAGUGGUCCGGAUCUCGCCCUGAAGGCCUCGACCUAUACCAAGAGAUCUUUGUUUUAAGGAGUGACAAUUCCGUGUUUACUCCCUCGCUACCUCAGAUGGCGACCGUGGAUGAAGAUUCACCAGUGGUGAAUCUUCCUGCCUCCCCGCCGCUUUCCCAAGACCUGCCCUGUGGCCACGGAGAUCCGACACCCCCGAUGGAGCAAGCCCUUGAGAGUCAGAGGGAAUCGGCCUCGGCACCCCCGUCGCCACCUGCGGACACGCAAGCCCUUGAGAGUCAGAGGGAAUCGGCCUCGGCACCCCCGUCGCCACCUGCGGACACGCAAGCCCUUGAGAGUCAGAGGGAAUCGGCCUCGGCACCCCCGUCGCCACCUGCGGACACCCUGCCAGACGAUGAGAGCGGCGCAGAUGAAAACGAUGGGUGGAUUCGCUUCGGUUUCAUCAAAGCGGUGAAAACUGUGCUGUAUCGCCUUUUGACCGCUGCGAUCAGACAAUACAUGCACGAAAUGUGUUACGGAAGCGUUAAUAACCGUCCUAGUCAAAAAGGGCAUGGACGCUUGAAGCUGCUUGAGAACGAGCUCUACGAACAUAACUACUAUGGUAUAUUGCGAGUACUUUAUAACGAACGUUUCAUGGAUGCAGUUCAACAGUUUCUAGCCGCUCGCAACAUCCAUCAUGACAACGAGGCUGUUAAUGCUGUCAUACAAGCGUAUCUGUAUGAAUUAACGAUGGUGAAGCGUGUAUUUAAUACAAUAUAUGGCGGGUAUGAUCGGCUGGUUGAAGAAAACUGUGAACUAAAAGAACAGCUUGAUGCCAUCACAGACUACUGGCGAGGGUCUUGAAACCAAUGCAUACAUGUUUUCUC